CUGUUUAAGGAGCUGGAGCUGUUAAGCUAGGCUACCACCAGCCCAUAAACAUAAACACACACUGCACAUUUCUCUCUAAUUGUCAUAAGCCAGCAAACAGGAUUCUGUUACUGGUUUUCAUAGUGCGCCUGUGGUGUUUGAAAAAUUAUUCGUUUGAACCUCCUCGAUCUUACCUAAAGCCAACCACUCCUACACAUCCAAGUCUUCCAAAUUGAUAUAUGACAAUAUCUACUUUCGAUCACGUGUCUGCGGGGCGACUUAGACGGAUUGCGCGUCAUCUCGCCUUCCCAAAUUUUUCCCUUCUGCUGCAGCUCGUAUCCAAAACAUCUAUCUAUAGCACGGAGUACGAGAGAGAGUGAAAGAUGUUUAACUCUGUGAAUCUGGGCAACUUCUGCUCCCAGACGCGCAAAGACCGGACAUCCGAGUUUGGGGACAGGACUGGCUGCGCGUCCAACAUCUACCUCCCCAGCUGCACCUACUACGUCCCCGAGUUUUCCGCCGUCUCCUCGUUUCUUCCACAGGCCCCGUCCCGGCAAAUCAGCUAUCCUUACUCCACAAACCUCUCUCAAGUGCAGCCGGUGCGGGAAGUUUCAUACGGCUUAGACCCAGCGAGUAAAUGGCACCACCGGAGCAACUAUGCAUCGUGCUACUCGGGAGAGGAUCUGGUGCAUAGGGACUGUCUUCCACCAUCCACCAUGACAGAAAUGCUCAUGAAGAACGAGAGCGUGUACAGCCACCACCAUCACCAUCACAGCCACCCGGGCUCCAAUCACCCCUCCACAGGUUUUUACUCCGGCGUGGGGAAAAACAGCGUCCUUCCGCAGGGUUUCGACCGCUUUUUCGAGACCGCAUACUGCAGCAGCACGGACAAUCAGUCAGACAAUUGUUUACAAAAGGGCGAAGGGGGGAAGCUGGAAAGCGACUCCCAGCAGCAGCAGCAGCAGCAGCAGCAGCAGCAGCAGCAGCAGUCGUCCACAGCCUCCGUACCCGGAGCUCCGGAGCAGGACAAAGAACCGGAGGAUGAGGAGGAACAUACAAAUUCAGGCUCGUGCACUUCUUCCUCCGCGACAACCAAGGACGGCAGCGCCAGCAAGAGCAGCCACUCGAGCACUCCCCGCACAAGGAAGAAGAGGUGUCCGUAUUCCAAGUUCCAGAUCCGGGAGCUGGAGCGGGAGUUCUUCUUCAACGUUUACAUCAACAAAGAGAAGAGGCUUCAGUUGUCCAGAAUGCUCAACCUCACCGACCGCCAGGUUAAAAUCUGGUUUCAGAAUAGAAGAAUGAAAGAGAAGAAGCUGAGCAGAGAUCGGCUGCAGUAUUUCUCUGGAAAUCCCCUAUUGUGAGCCGAGCAGGGAGCGUGUCACGGUCUUGGGUCAGUGACAUUAAGGCCGACUCUAAUCUCAUCGAAUUGUAAUCCUGGGCAUAAGCCUUCUAUUUUCUUCUAAAGGAGCCCAUCUCACCUACAGUGCAAUGUUAAAGAGGACAGUGGACAGAGUGAAGCAGGCCAGCAGUGGGGAUGAAGUCGCCAUUUUCUCGCCGCCCUGCAGGCGGCCAAGAAUUUGUAGCAGAUCCCUAGAAAGGCCUACGUGGUUAGAAUAAUCAUUUAUAUGCUGUUCUUGAAUAUGUCCCUCUAUUUAUCACGACUCUCCAUUGUGUUUAUCCUCUUGUUCAUAUAUACAUAUUUGUUAAUAAUAUCAAAUGUAAACGAACAGUUCGAAAUCCUUUUACCCCCCUCGCCCCUCCUGUCUCCCCUCCUGUCUCCCCUCCUGUCUCCCCUCCUGUCUCUCCCCCCCUCGUUCCUCUCUGGUCCAUGUAUAUAGCAAAUUCUUAUCUAAUUAUUUCUUCGGCCAGAGGAUAUACAGUAUGAGCGACUUCUAUCAAAUCUCCAAGGCUGCAUUUAUUUCUUCGGUGAGAACUGUGACGUCCAAU